CCAUGCGAUUCUUGGCUACGUGAUGACGUAAACUGAAAGAAAUCCGGUGGAACUCGGAAGAGAGGUGACUGUUGUAUUCUAAAUCAAAAGAUCAAAAUGAAAUCAAAGAUCUAGAACCCUGGCUGCCAUGGAGUCCGAGGGUAACGUGCUCCGCGUGGACUUCCCAAACUUCUCCGGAUCCCUGCUUCAGAAGCUCAACCAGCAACGGCAGAGAGGCCAGCUUUGUGACAUCAUCGUGGUCAUCCAGGGCCACCAGUACCGCGCUCACCGGGCCGUCCUGGCCGCCAGUUCGCCCUACUUCUGCGACCAGGUCCUCCUCAAAAACAGCGCCCGCUGUGUUUUACCCGACGUCAUGCACCCAUGUGUGUUCGAACGCCUCCUCCUCUCUUGCUACACAGGCACCCUGCACCUACCGGCCGGCGAAGUGGUAGCGUUCCUCACUGCAGCAAGCUUCCUCCAGAUGUGGCACGUGGUGGACAAGUGCACUGAGCUGUUAGAGGUGGUAGGAAGCGGCACAAGAACAUUAGCGCACAAGUCUUCUGGUGGGCUUGGGGACAGGCCUUCCCCUGGGGACAGCAGCUACCACAGCCCUGGGGAUGGCUCCAUGGGCCUGGAGGCCGGCGGAGUAGCAGUGGAGAGCUUUGCCAAGAUGGAAAUGGAUCAGCUCCUGGAGAACAGCUUCUCCCCAUCCUCUCUGGAGAACAACAGCAUCCAGCCCGGCGGCAGCUGCUCUCCGCCGGUCGACCACGACGGCUCAGGUAGCGAGGCCACCAGCCAGGACGGGGAUGACGAGGAGGUUGGUGAGGGGGACUACCAGUACUCCAGACCAGCCUACGUCCCACCCAGCAUCAUGGGCCACAGAAAAUGGGUCCAUGUGAAGUCAGAGAGGCGUGAGGAUUGUGGGGGCGGCGGAGCUCUGUUUAGCGGGGACCCUGCGGUUACUGACCCCGAGCAGAUGAACUUUAGCCACUCCCAGGCCUCGGCCAGCAAGAGCUCCCUGGGCCACAGCUUCGACGAGAAGCUGGCAGCUCAGCUGGAGGAUCGCCUGGAGGAGGACCCGCUGGACUUUUAUGGCACCUCCAUGGAGGGCUUCUCCGGCGACAAGGCCGAAGGAACCCCGCUUGGGCUGAAGAACGACCUGCUAGGAGGGGCAACCGGGGGUGAGGAGAGUAGCGGUGGUUUGGAAGGAAACCCCAGUGGCCUCCAGGAAGAGACCUCCCACUCGGGCUUUGCCUCAGUGGUCUACAAAUUGUACCCCUGCCAGUGUGGCAAGAGUUUCACCCACAAGAGCCAACGGGACCGGCACAUGAGCAUGCACCUUGGCUUGCGGCCAUACGGCUGCGCCGUGUGCGGCAAGAGCUUCAAGAUGAAGCACCACCUGGUGGGCCACAUGAAGAUUCACACGGGUGUAAAGCCCUACGAGUGCAGCCUGUGUGCCAAGCGCUUCAUGUGGCGGGACAGCUUCAACAGACACACGUCCUCCUGCACCAGGGCCCACCAGGCCCGGCCUGCCGUCAACGAGCAGGCUGCCCAGAUCUGCUGACCCCAGAUCAGAUUUCCAACUACAGUUCACUUCGUCAUCUCCCACAGUCCCGUAUCAGUUUCACUGAGCAGGCUGCCCAGAUUUGCUGAUCCUGGAUCAGAUUAGCACACAGUUGCUUGGAUGACCAGCCAGUUUAGGUGGAUAUAGGGUUAAUCCACCCCUUUUGAUUUGAACAAAACCUUACAUACAUAUUUGCCUAUUGUAGAAGUGCUCAGAAACAGCUUUUUCUUUUACCUGAAUGCCAACAUGUUCAAGAGAUAAAGGUGGUCAAAGUUUACCCAUUUUUCAUACCCCAACAUACCAUAAGACAUCCAUGUCUUCAUCACUGGAAAAGAUAAACGGAUUAGAUUUAUAUCAUUUGAAAAGCUUACAAACAGGGUUGUCAAACUAUUUUAUACAUUUUUUCCUUUAACGUCAAUUAUCUAAAAAUGUGGAACCUCCUAUUUUACAUCCUUUAAUGUGUUUGUGUUGUGCCUGCCAUCGGUUGUGACACAACAUGCUCUUGAAUACAGGGUGGGUAUAAUGGUUUGGCUAAUACAUGUAGUAAAAUGGGAAUAACACUUACAUUUCAAGUGGAACCACAAAGAUGGUUGGAGGUCCAGACAUCAGAGAAUGUUGACUUGAGUGGGAAUAUCUGUUGUUUUAAAUUAUACUGUCAAACCUCCAUAGGAAACCUAUUGAAAUCAUAGGAAUUUAUAUUUUUUACAUUUGUCAUUUAGCAGAUGCUCUUAUCCAGAGCGACUUACAGUAGUGAGUAAUUUUAUUUAUUUUUAUUUAAAAAUAAAAGUACUUGUCCCUCGUGGGACUCAAAGCCAUAAUCUUGACGGAGCAUAGAUAACAUAGAUAAUUGGAAACAUAGAUAAUAGAAUAGACAUGACCAUUUAAGUUUACAUUUAUUGGUGGGUCGACCGGCGGUCACCUUUGUGGUAGACUGGUAGUAGUUAGAAGUUAACAGUUUUAUUCAAUUAUCAUUUCAGUGGUGUACCUGGAGGAUAUUCAGUAGUGAGUUGCCUAGUUAUAUAAAGGUUAAAUAUGUUUUAUAAAUUUUUUAAACACAGCUAAGUUGCAGUGGUCUGAAGGGAUAGGUCCAUUAAAUUUCUAUGAUUGAAAUGAUACCCACCUUGUAUUCUAGAGCAAGUUGUGUCUCAACUGUUGGUGGGCAAAACACAAAAAACUCAGAUGUGAAAUAGGGCCUAAGCUAAAUAUGCAAAUAUGAAGGGGAAAAAAAUCAGAGUUUACACAUUUUUAGAUAAUUGAAGUUAAAGGUUUAAAAAAAUGUAUUUUUUUUUUUUUUUUAAUCCUUUGACACGUACUAACAAACGGGUGUGAUCCCUGCAGCGUAAGCUCAAACCAGUGUGAUUAGAACGCUUAUUUAGAACGUCCAGUUUCGAUUGAUGUAACAGUCCGUGUUUGAGCUGGCCACACUCUUUUUUUCACAGAAACAUUUAGCACAAACACAGUCCUUACAAAGUUAUGUCCUGAAUGUGACCAGUUUAUUUUUGAAUGCAAUGUUCAGACAUUCACAGAAGUAGCGGCAGCAUAACACAAUCAUCCAAACCGGAAAAUGUAGGCUACAUCAGUAUUAGCACUAACUGAGGAAAGAUUGACAUAACACAAGCGGACAUAUUACUAUUUACAAUUCAUCACAUCACGGUGAGCUCACCAUUGAUUGAAAUAGAGUAAAUACUUUCAAAAAAUCAAAACUAUUUCGACGAUGUGUAGUUUGUACGCGCCACUAUGUUAGUUUUCUGCGUCAACCAAAGAUAAGAAGAGGAGACAAGAUGAGUUUGGUCUGUUUUGCAGUAUGCGUGAUGAAGGGGGUGUGUCGUCUGCGAUCAUUCACUUUCGGAAGAUUACUCGAAAGAUGAGUGAACCAUUCCUUUCCACCAUUCCUUUCCACCAUUCCAUUAUAACAUCUUUGGUCUAACAGACGUUUCUGUGACACCCAGAAUGCAUUGUGAAAUUUCAACAAACAUGGAGCCAUACAUAGCUGGAAAAUAUCUUAGCAUUAGCUCAUCAUAAGUAGUACAACCUUCAAAAUAGUAUUUUACAUCAUAGGUGUCCAUUAAAAUUACAAUUGCAAUAAUUGGAAUAAUUGGAAUGCAUUUUGUCACCAGUACUAGAAACCUGAAUAAAACAAUAAAUACGUUAUCCUCCAUACACACUGUAUGCUACAGUAGAAGCUACAACAUGAUAUACAGAAAAUAAGGCACUUACUUUGAUAGGAACACACACAAGUCCAAAGUUAUUAUUUGUAAAGAAAACAACAAUGAAGGCAAUGUGAGCGCCAGCCAGAAAAUGUGCCAUGGGGAAAAAGUUUGUGCACGACUGCACAAAUGUCUGCAUACUUGAUCUGCAGAAACACUGGGGAAGUGCUUGGCUUGGGCUCUCCUCGAAGAGAGAGAAAAGUCAAAUAAUUUUACAUUGACAAGUUGAAACAUAACCCUCGCAGCCUGCUAAUUAUCUAUAGGCUAACUGUCCUCUUACUGAACGAUCACAUUCAUUAACAUUGAGUGCAUUCUUUGGCGGUGGCAGGUAGUCUAGUGUUUAGAGCGUUGGACUAGUAACCGAAAGGUUGCAGGAUCUAAUCCCCGAGCUGACAAGGUAAAAAUCUGUCGUUCUGCCCCUGAACAAGGCAGUUAACCCACUGUUCCUAGGCCAUCAUUGAAAAUAAGAAUUUGUUCUUAACUGACUUGCCUAGUUAAAUAAAGGUAAAAUAAAAAAAAUCUGACAUCACGUGUAUAAAACAACUCACGCUGGUGUGACCGUUAGAGAUAUUUGGAACUCACAAGUGAAAAAGGUUAAAUAUAAUUUUAGGUAAAUCAUGAAAUACUUUGACAACACUUUGUCAUCUUUUAAAUGACAUCAAACUCAACCGUUUAUCUUUUUUUUUUAAAUCAGUAAUGAAGACAGGGAUGUCUCAUGGUAUGGUGACAUGGGUCAACUUUGAGCACCUUUAUCUUCUGAAUGUUUGGCCAUUCAGGUCCAAAAAGUCACUUUCUGAUCACUUCUUCCAUGGGCAAACAUGUAUGGAAAGUGUGGUUUAAAUCAAAAGGGAUGCUGUCAAAAAGUGAUUGACUUCAAAUGGAUUUACCCUAUAGACUUACAACGGGGAAGCAGCCUGAGCCAACCGUCACAUACAAACUGAUCCAAGACGCCAGCUUUGCAGUCUAGUCAGCUACUCAGAUCUGCCGAGUCGGAAUCAGAACCUCAGAAAUGGUGGUGUGUGGACUGCUAUAGCUACUUAACAGGAGAGACAUGGAGUGCAUGUACAGUGCCUUCAGGAAGUAUUCAUACCCUUUUACUUAUUCCACAUUUUGUUGUGUUACAGCCUGGAUUCAAAACAUUUCAUUUCUUCUACUUCUCACCCAUCUACACAAUACCCCAUAAUGAAAAAGUUCAAACAUGUUUUUAGAAAUGUUAGCAAAUUUAUUGAAAAUACCAUACAGAAGUAUCUCGUUUACAUAAGUAUUCACACCACUGAGUCAAUACUUUGUAGCAGCUGUGAGUCUUUCUGGGUAAGUUUCUAAGAGCUUUCCACACCUGGAUUGUGAAACUUUUGCGUGUUAUUCUUUUCAAAAUUCAAGCUCUGUCAAAUUGGUUUUUGAUCAUUGCUAGACAACCGUUAUCAGGUCUUGCCGUAGAUUUUCAAGAAGAUUAAAGUCAAAAUUGUAACUCGGCCACUCGGGAAGAUUUAUUGUCUUCUUGGUAAGCAACUCCAGUGUAGAUUUGGGCUUGUGUUUUAGGUUUUUGUCCUGCUGAAAGGUGAAUUCAUCUCCCAGUGUCUGGUGGAAAGUAGACUGAACUGGGUUUUCUUUUAGGAUUUUGCCGGUGCUUAGCACCAUUUAGCACCACAAUUACAAGCAUACCCAUAACAUAAUGCAGCCACCAGUAUGCUUGAAAAUAUGGGGAAUGACACUUUGUAAUGUGUUGUGUUGGAUUUGCCCCAAACAUAACACGUUGUAUUCAGGACAAAAGUUAAUUGCUUUACCACAUUUUUUGCAGUAUUACUUUAGUGCCUUUUUGCAAACAGGAUGCAUGCUUUGGAAUAUUUUUAUUCUGUACAGGCUUCCUUCUUUUCCCUCUGUCAAUUAGGUUAGUAUUGUGGAGUAACUACAAUGUUGUUGAUCCAUCCUCAGUUUUCGCCUAUGACAGCCAUUAAACUCUGUAACUGUUUUAAGUCACCAUUGGCCUCAUGGUAAAAUCCCUGAGCGGUUUCCUUCCUCUCCGGCAACUGAAUUCAGAAAGACGCCUGUAUCUUUGUAGUGACAGGGUUUAUUGAUACACCAUCCAAAUUGUAAUUAAUAAUUUCACCAUGCUCAAAGGGAUAUUUAAUGUGUGUGUGUUUUUUUUAGAACCCAUCUACCAAUAGGUGCCGUUCUUUGCGAGGCAUUGGAAAACCUCCCUGUUCUUUGUGGUUGAAUCUGUGUUUGAAAUUCACUGCUUGACUGAGGGACCAUACAAUUAUUUGUAUGUGUGGGGUACAGAUAUGAGGUAGUCAUUCAAAACUUAUGUUCAACACUAUUAUUGCACAUAGUCCAUGCAACGUAUUAUGUGGCUUUUAAGCAAAUGUGUACUUCUGAACUUAUUUAGGCGUGCCAUUACAAAAGAGUUGAAUACUUAUUGACACAAGACAUUUCUGCUUUUCAUUUUUAAUUAAUUAGUAAAAAAUGUAUAAACAUGAUUCAACGUUUGACAUUAUCAGGUACUGUGUGUAGGCCAGUGACAAAAAAAAUCGACAUUUAAUAAAUGUUUUAAUUCAUUCUGUAACACAACCAAAUGUGGAAAAAGUCGAGGGGUGUGAAUACAUUCUGAAGGCACUGUAAGUAGACUUUGAAGCACGAAUGGGUUUGGUCACACUAAUGUGGGUUCCAUGUUACCUCAAGGUUCUCACAUAGACACAUCAAUAGCACACUGGCUAAAGCCAUUAUAUUUACUGGGUUUAAACCAUAUAUGGGCCUUUCUUUUGUUAACUAUGGUGGUAGGGUGUUUUUUUCGCUCUCGGGACUGGAUGUUGGAGAGUAGUGCCAUUUAUCUUGUCAGUUAGCCAGCCAUUCCACAGAGGAGUUGCCAUUUUGAAACCGUACUUGUUUACCCUCCGAUGACUUUUCAUAUCUGUCACCUUGAAAAUCAGGGAUUCUCCUGUUCAUCGUGUAUUAAUAGUUUAUUUAUUCAUGGUUUUGGGAGGGGAAUCAUGUAAAUGAGACAGUGUAUCUUUGACAUACUUGUACAGUUGUAGAAAAUGAUGGUAGGUUCAAUGAUGGUGAGUAUUGUUUAAGGUGUGCCAAUGUACUGUGUAGCCCAAGUUAGGUCAAUAUAACGUGUGAGGCUGUUGAGCUAUGUAAAUGGAAUAGUACUUAUGAUAUUGGCACAUGUUUUUGACAUAUUGAACAUACUUAAAGUAACCAUCCAGUGUUUCCAGAUUUCUAAGAAAUAUGACACUAAAAUUAAUGACAAUUUGAGUGAAAUACUUUUCCUUCCAAAAAUGGGUAAUUAAGCAUGUUAAAACGCAGCUUUUCUGGGUUGGAAUUGUGUGUGCGUACCCCAACAACAGAAUGGUGUGGGUGUAUACCGGUUAUUAAAAAUGUUGAUGCAAGUUGACUGAAGAUUGCCCUGCUCAGCCAAUGAGGCAGGAUGACAUCAUUCUCUAUGAGUAAAUAGCAAGUAUUUGUUUGAGAUACAAGUUUGAGGUGGAGUUGAAGUGUUUUUUUCCCUCCAAUUUAUGCUUAGGCCACAAAUCUGAGUAUAAGACGAGUCAACAAAAUUAUUUGGGUAUGAGUUAACGGAAUAUAUACUUUUAAAAGUUAGGUUUUCCCGGGACAGUUACUUUAAGUUUAAUGAGUCAUGCAUUUCAGUUUUGGAAAUAGUAUUCUUAAAGGCACUUAAACCUUUUUUGAACCAGAGCAUGCCUUUCUCGUGACUUUUUGCCAGUAGGCUACCUGCUAGAAAGUCUCUUCACACUUUUGUACAGUCAGCCACAUAAAGAGUUAUGUGAAAAACAAUACAAGGUAGUAUACCUCAUUUUUAAAUUAUGCCUGGGAUAAGUCAUAAGAAUUUUGCGGUUCAAGUAGGCUGUUUUGCUUGCUAGGUUUGUUUUACAGUUUAUACUAUUUCAAUUCAAACAUGAUUUGAUUGAUGUUAUAUGUUUAACUGGAAACCUCAAUUACAUAUACUAAAACCUCAACAUAUUUAUCAUAAAAUAUUUAACUAUAUUUUUUGGGAAGUAGGUAUAAAUAAAUGUACAAAUGCACAAAAAGAUUACUGUACGGUAGUUUGUAGUUACACAUCUGAUAAUCAACAUAUUGAAUAUAGUUUGUGGUUUCUUACUACUCUUAUAGCCUAAUAAAUAUUGUUUUUAGAUAAUUUAUGACUGACAUUGUUGAUAUAUUGUUAUUUUUUAAUCAGCACGCGUUAAUGGAUUUUGAAUUUAAGAUAUGAUCCUUGAAGAAUGAACGUUAAAUCCUAAAAUGUUUUGUAAAAAGGUGACAAUUGGUACUUACACCACCACAACGAGGAAUAUGCCACAAUCUGUUCACCAAUAGCUUUCUAGGUAUUGUUAAAGAAAAAUAAAGUGGACAGUCUAAGAUUUUGCACUAGUUGCUACUUUUGUGACUAUGUAUUACGGGUGCCCUGGGAAAUAAAGAGCAACCUAUCUUCAUUUUGAGGAUAAAAAACAUAAUGAUUAAACAAUAGGACCAACUGAAUUUGUUUUGGAAGAUGUUUCUGCUUUUGCUUCCUUUAUAUUAGUGAUGACAUUUUGUAGUAUACUGUAUAAUAUGAUACUACACAUGUUAGUAUCCCUUGAUCAGGUUCCAUGAUCAAACAUGUUUUUAGAAAUGUUUGCAAAUGUAUUGAAAAUGAAAUACAGAAAUAUCUCAUUUACAUAAGUAGUCACACCCCUGAGUCAACACAUGUUAGAAUCAUCUUUGACAGUGAUUACAGCUGUGAGUCUUUCUGGGUAAAUCUCUAAGAGCUUUGCACACCUAGAUUGUACAAUAUUUGCACAUUCUUAAAAAAAAUAUUCAAGCUCUGUCAAGUUGGUUGUUGAUCAUUGCUAGAUGACAAUUGUCAAGUCUUGCCAUAGAUUUUCAAGUAGAUUUAAGUCAAAACUGUAACUAGGCCACUCAGGAACAUUCAAUGUCAUCUUGGUAAGCAACUCCAGUGUCUGAUCAGCCUUGUGUUGUAGGUUAUUGUCCUGCUGUAAGGUGAAAAUAACCUGGACCAACAAACGUAUUGCAAGUGUCUGGAACAGGUAAUUUUUCAUAAUUUUUCAGCUUUCUUGAUUACAAGUAUGCAAAUUGUAUUUUUUGUAUCGGCUGCUAACGAAACAAAAGACAAUCAUUUUAGAGUGACGGUCUUUUUCAUGUGAAAGCUAACAUUGGUGCAUUUUAAUUCAAAGUAGGAACUCUGUCUACUGUAUGCAGUACAAAAUAUGGUAUUUGAAAUGAUGCUACGGUAUUUGCUGCCACAAUGCAUUUAUCAGAAGUUCUGUAGGUUUUCGGGUUAUCUGGAGAAAUGUCAUCUAAUCAUCAAUUGAAAAUAAGUUCCUCGGAAUGAUAGGCCUAGGUACUGUUAAAUCAAAUUUAAAGUGAACAGUCUGAGAUUUAGCAGUAGUUAGUUGCUACUUUUGUGACUGUAUUACAGGUGUCCUGGGAAAAUAAAGAGCAAACUAAUAGGACCAAUUGAGCUUGUUUGGGAAGAUGUUUCUGCUUUUAUUAUAUUAUAUUAGUGGUGAAAUUAAAACUACCUCACACAUAAAUUAGCAUGUGUCUUUAGAUUUGACUAUCUAAUAAAAGUUGCUCACAUUUUUCCAGAACUCUUUCCUAAAACUUUCUUUGUCACCAUUUUGGAUAUUUUCUUCUUACAGAAGAACUUUGUGAAUGUUUUGUACAAACAAAAUGUUUUCAGCAAUAAAUGUUUGCGCCCUGUGUAACAUUUCUUAGGUGAUGUUGUUUGGAAAACUCUACUUCAUUAGGUUAAAUUAAUUAUUUAAAUGAUAUUACCUGUGGGCUAUUUCUCUUAUGCUGUGUAAAUGGAACAACCUAUGACACCCUACCACAGGGUGGUGUAUUUUGAGACGGUCAAAUAAUGUAGGGUUGUCUUGAUACCAGUAUUGCGAUACCAAGGCACUGAGUUUUCCAUGGCAAAAAAUAAAACAUAAAGCAGACUGAA